CAACAUCUGGUUUUUCGCUCCAUGGAACUCGAGUUGGCCGCUCUGGUCAAGUCUGCCGAGCUCUUCGAGGUUUCUCUACCAGAUUUCCGUCAGCUGAAACAAUGCCGACGCAACCUGCGCCUGCUCAAGGUCCUCUGGGACUACGUCUUCGUGGUACGCUUUCGCAUUGCCUCCUGGACGCGCACACCUUGGCUGGAAAUCGAUGUCGAUCAGCUGGACGCCGACUGCCGAAACUUUGCUAAAGACCUGCGUCGGUUAGACAAGGAGGUGAGAGCGUGGGGUACGUGGGGGGGGCUGGAGGAAGUCGUCAAGAAUAUGACCACAUCGUUGCAGGCUGUGAAAGAACUACAGAACCCCGCCAUCAGGGAUCGUCACUGGGCCCAGCUGAUGGUUGCUACGGGCGUGAAGUUUAGCAUGAGCAAGGAGACCACAUUGGCCGAUCUGUUAGCCCUUAGCCUGCAUCGCUUUGAGGAUGAAGUCCGCAAUCUGUUAGCGCUGCCCAAGUUCAGUGAGGAGUUGAUUGAAGUGCUGGAAGACAAUCAAGUUCAGCUUCAAAACAUGAUCACUUCUAAGUACAUUGACUUCUUCCGCGACGAGGUCUUCAACUGGCAGUCCAAACUUAUGACCGCUGAUCAGGUUAUCUCUAUUUGGUCUGAGGUGCAACGUGUUUGGUCCUACCUCGAGGCCAUCUUUGUCGGCUCUGAGGAUAUCAAAGAACAACUUCCCGAGGACUCAGAGCGGUUCGGACGCAUUGACGAGGCCUUUCGCGCAAUUAUUACUGACGUGGAGGACAGUCGCAAUGUCAUCGAGACCACUAGUCGACCCCACCUCUACGAACGCCUUGAAAAGAUUCAGGGUGAACUAACGCUUUGUGAAAAAGCGCUUACCGAGUACUUGGAGACGAAGAGGCUGGCUUUUCCGCGUUUCUACUUCGUCUCACCUACGGACUUGUUGGACAUCCUGGCCAACGGCACUGAGCCUGAGUUGGUGAUGAAGCAUCUAACCAAGCUCUUUGACAGCAUCGCAGCCCUGCAGUUUCGCAAGAAGUCUGAUGGCAAGAAAAACACCAAAGUCGCCCUCGUCAUGGAAGCCAAGGACGGUGAGGUAGUGACCUUGGCUACACCCUGUGACCUUGAGGGGAAGGUGGAGAACUGGUUAAACAAACUCCUGAAUGAAAUGCGGGCCACCAUGCUGCACUAUCUGGCUGACAGUGUAAGUACCUACGAGGAGAAACCGCGGGAACAGUGGCUGUUCGAGUACCCAGCGCAAGUUUCUCUGGCCGGCUCACAGAUCGGUUGGGCGGCGGAGGUGACGCUUAACUUUGCCCGCCUGGAGGAAGGUUACGAGAACGCCUUGAAAGACUUCAACAAAAAGCAAGUCUCCCAGCUGAGUGCCCUUAUCGGCCUCCUGUUAGGUGAACUAACGGGCCAGGAGCGUCAGAAGGUGAUGACUAUCUGCACCAUUGAUGUGCACAACCGCGACGUAGUAGCUAAGUUAAUUAAUCAGCGAGUGAACAGUGCUCAGGCCUUUGCUUGGCUCAGUCAGUUGCGUCAUCGGUGGGACGAGGUGGCCAAGGACUGCUAUGCCAACAUCUGUGACGCUCAGUUCCGCUACGCACACGAAUAUCUAGGCAACACACCACGCCUAGUCAUUACACCACUGACAGAUCGGUGCUAUAUCACGCUCACCCAAUCACUGCAUCUGACCAUGAGUGGUGCACCGGCCGGUCCCGCAGGAACCGGUAAAACCGAGACUACUAAAGAUCUGGGUCGUGCUCUUGGCGUGAUGGUCUACGUCUUCAACUGUUCCGAGCAGAUGGACUACAAGUCCUGUGGCAACAUCUACAAGGGACUGGCUCAGUCGGGGGCAUGGGGCUGUUUCGACGAGUUCAAUCGUAUCUCCGUGGAUGUGCUUUCGGUAGUGGCAGUGCAGGUGAAGUGUAUUCAAGACGCCAUCCGUGAUAAACGUACUAGAUUUGACUUCCUGGGCGAGGAAAUCAGUCUGGAUCCAGCGGUGGGCAUCUUCAUCACUAUGAAUCCAGGCUACGCAGGGCGUACAGAGCUACCAGAGAAUUUGAAGGCCCUGUUUCGACCCUGCGCCAUGGUCGUGCCCGACUUUGAGCUGAUUUGUGAAAUCAUGCUGGUAGCAGAGGGCUUCCAGGACGCUCGUUUGCUGGCGCGCAAGUUCAUCACACUGUAUCAAUUGUGUAAAGAGCUGCUCUCUAAGCAGGACCAUUAUGACUGGGGUUUGAGAGCAAUCAAAUCGGUCCUGGUGGUUGCAGGUGCCUUGAAGCGUGGAGACCCGAAACGUCCGGAGAACCAAGUUCUUAUGAGGGCCCUGCGUGACUUCAACCUACCGAAGAUGGUAGCUGAGGACAUCCCCGUCUUUAUGGGCCUCAUUGGCGAUCUCUUCCCGGGCCUAGAUGUGCCCCGAAAGCGGGAUCUUGACUUUGAAAAGGAGGUGCGCAAAGCAACGCUCGAUUUGAAGCUACAAGCGGAGGACAACUUUGUUCUCAAGACUGUCCAGUUGCAGGAGCUCUUGGUGGUGCGUCAUUCAGUCUUUAUCCUCGGCAACGCCGGCACCGGAAAGUCAAUGGUUUGGAGGGCUCUACAUCGUACUAACGCCAACCUCAAACUAAAACCUACGGCAGUUGAUUUGGAUCCCAAGGCCGUGAGUAAUGAUGAGCUCUUUGGUGCAAUUAGUUCGACCACUAGGGAAUGGAAGGAUGGUCUGUUUUCUGUGGUGAUGCGCGACCUGGCCAACAUGACGCAUCCGGGACCCAAGUGGAUUGUUCUCGACGGGGACAUUGACCCUAUGUGGAUUGAAUCCCUGAACACGGUCAUGGACGACAACAAGGUGUUGACACUGGCAAGCAAUGAGCGUAUCCCGCUGACACCCAGUAUGCGCCUGCUCUUUGAGAUCAGUCAGCUGAAGACUGCAACACCGGCAACAGUAUCACGAGCCGGUAUACUCUACAUCAAUCCCCAGGUAAAGUCGCAGUUUUUGGAAUCUUUUUCUACGAAAUAA